CGUUAUCAGAGCCUCAAUGCACGGCCCCCAGUCUACGGAAACCCACGAUUUUUACUUAUGUAUAAAUAAUUUACAGACAACACCCUCCAAAAAUGUCGUCCAAGAAAAAAUUCUGCGAGACACAGAAGUGUCUGUUUGUGAUUUUGGUGGCGGUUGCGGCGGCGAUUGCGGCAAUUUGUGUGGUGACUUUGACGGACGAGAACUUACGUGAGAAAAGGUCACUUGAACCGCUGCCCUGGUGGAAGACGAGUAUAGUGUACCAGAUUUACCCUCGCUCCUUCCAGGACUCGGACAACGAUGGGACCGGUGACCUAGAAGGAAUCAAGGAGCGUCUGGGAUACCUGUCAGAUCUUGGGGUGGGUGCAGUGUGGCUCAGUCCAAUCUUUCUGUCCCCCAUGCGAGACUUUGGAUACGAUGUCCGGAACUACACAGAUGUGGACCCACUUUUCGGAAACAUGGCUGACUUUGAAAAUCUGAUAUCGGAAGCAAAGGAUAAAAAUUUGCGAGUGAUUUUGGAUUUUGUUCCCAACCACACGAGUAACGAGAGUGAAUGGUUUUACUGGAGUGAGCGAGGGCACAAGAAGUACAAAGAUUACUACGUCUGGAACAGUGGGAUAGAGUGUGCAGCCGGGUGUGACGACACGGGCGGGAGACGGCCCCCAAACAACUGGCUGAGUGUAUUCGGGGGCUCUGCUUGGAAAUGGAGCGGCAUCCGUCAGAAGUUUUAUUACCACGCCUUCUUGGACUCCCAGCCCGAUCUUAAUCUACGUAAUGAAAAUGUACAGACGGAACUGCAGGACGUUCUGGAGUUCUGGUUACAAAAAGGGGUGGAUGGAUUCCGCGCAGACGCACUCAAGUUUAUGUUUGAAUCACCAAACGUCACCGAAGACGAGACUGGCUUAAGGGACAUCUUUACAUGGAUUGAGGCGGAUAACCACAAUUUGACUACAAACUUACCAGAGGUCUAUGAUAUUCUCAAAGGAUGGCGCGCUGUCCUGAACAAAUACGGCAAAGACAAGUUUCUGAUAGCGGAGUCCUACGGCAUCAGUCAUGAAAUCCGUGACAAGUAUUACAAGUCCGGUUCCAUCCCAUUUAACUUUGCCUUGAUUCAGUACCUCAACAAAAGUUGUAACGCGCUGUGUAUGAGAGACGUGAUACAGGACUCUCUGGGGGGACUCAAUUCUAACUGGCCUAACUUUGUGCUUGGAAACCAUGACAACAGCCGGGUGGCCAACCGAUUUGGGCCGGAGACAAUUGACGCCUUCAACAUGCUGCUGUUGACCCUCCCUGGGACCCCCACGUCUUACUACGGGGAGGAGAUCGGGAUGAGAGACACGUUCUAUACGUACAAUGAGACCAAGGACACAGCGGGCCUCAAUUAUAACGAGACCCUGUACAUGGAGCAUUCCCGUGACCCAGAGCGCUCCCCCAUGCAGUGGGAUGACGGCCUUAAUGCGGGGUUCUCCAACGGCACGCCAUGGCUGCACGUCAACCACAACUACCAACUCAUCAACGUCAAGGCACAAAAGUUGGCGGACAGAUCGCAUCUAAAGGUAUACCAACAACUGGCCAAGCUGCGUCAGGAUCCUGCCUUUACCCAUAAUUCUGUGCAGUUUAUAAAUAUCAGUGACGUUGGCGGAAACGACAAGACAAUCGUAGCCUACAUCCGGGCCCAAAAAAAUUCAGACAAGUACCUGGUGGUCAUGAAUUUCGGCCAUCAGUACGCUAAUAACGUGGACUUGAGUAAAGGGGCCGGAAGUGAAAACGGCAUGGUGGUCGUCAAUGCCAUGUCUGCUUAUCAGAAAGAAAUGAUAGACUUAAAAAGUGUCACGUUAUCCCGGGGCCAAGGACUCGUCAUAAAGGUCAUGUGAGGGGGGAUAAUUAAUGCAAAUCGGAUAAAUAUUUCAUUGGUAGACUAACGCUGUUAUAAACAGAACCUAAAUAUACAUGUGCGGAUCCAGAAUUUUUUCCAGUUGGGUCUGAUGGAAGAUUUUGGAUUACCGGGGAGGGGGAUUCCAUAUAUCUAUUUUUAGUAAAUGUAAUAUGAAAAUUUAAGAAAUCUGAAUUAUCCAGGGGGUCUGGACUCCUAAAAUUCCUCUCCCCACCUCUAGAUCCGCGCAUGUCAUAUUAUGCUGUUUCAGAAUAAGACUAUUUUGUUGUUUACAUCUCAACCGCAAACCCCUAAGCCCAAGGCAAGUUGUUGCAUUUAAACAUUAGAUAAAUCACAUGGGGAUUUUUUAACAUGUACAUAAUUGUAUUGUUUACCGUUCGUGAAUUGAAUGCUUUGAUAUAUAUAUAUAUAUAUAUAUAUUAAUCCAUAUCAGUGUGCCAUUUUUUCACCCAUUUAUAAACAUUUGUCAUAUCUAGCAUUUUUUAAAUAUAUACUGUAUGCUUGAUUAGUUACAUAUGUUUUUAAUUUUAAUACUUUCCCUAUAUCGGAAAAAUAAAGUUUUUUUUUAAAUAUACAUGUAAUUAUAUUGAGUUGCAUUAUAUUGUAAACACAUUUUUUUUUAGAAGGAUGUGAAUCGCUGCGUGAACUAGUGGGUUUCUUGUAUGAAAACUUAUUAUUUACGUACAUAUAUUUUCAUUAUUGAACAUAUAUAUUUCAAGAUUGUGUCAAUGAUUUUUUAGAAUAUGUAUUGAAUAUGUAGAUGUUUAUAAACAGAGUAAAAUUAA